AUGGCAGAUGACGAGCGGCGGCCGCGGCGGCGCAAGGUGACGGCCUGGAACAUUUUUAGCCCCCUGCUGCGCUUCUUUCAGCUGGCGACCCUCAUCUGCUCUUUCAGCGUGCUGGUGCGGUCGAGCACCAACGGCAUCAACUGGAGGCAGUACCAGGGCUUCAAGUUUCUGCUGUCCGGCACAGUCAUCGCCGCCUUCUGGGCGCUCUGCAUGCUUAUCUACGACCUCUUCCGCCUCUGCCUCGGCCGGGGCCUCCCCGGCCUGGGGGCACUCGCCCUCGUCGUCCUCGGAGAAUGGAUCGCUCUUCUGAUGACAUACGGCGCGGGGUGCGCGGGCGCGGGGCUGACGACGUUCAACGACGAGGGCGCGUUCCCGUUCCGUCAGGCCGCCUGCGAGGGCUCCACCCCCUUCAACAGCUUCUGCGCGCGCACGAAGGCCUCCGUCGCUCUGGCUUUCAUCGCCUUCUUCUUCUUCCUUCCCUCCGUGGUCUGGUCGUCAUCCAAGCUGGCCUACAAAUGCGCCGAAAGGAGAAUAAUUCCCGAGGACAAGGGCAAAGCAGUCGAGAUGGCGUAG